AAGCGCGGCCGGAGGUCGGGCCACGCGGGGCUGGGAAGGUUCAAUGGCGUGGCGGGGCGUGGCGGCCGAGUUCCUGCAGGUGCCGGCGGUGACGCGAACUUACACUGCGGCCUGCGUCCUCACCACUGCGGCGGUGCAGCUGGAGCUUCUCAGCCCCUUCCAGCUCUACUUCAACCCGCACCUCGUACUCCGGAAGUUCCAGGUCUGGAGGCUCGUCACCAACUUCCUCUUCUUCGGGCCCCUGGGAUUCAGCUUCUUCUUCAACAUGCUCUUCGUCUUCCGCUACUGCCGCAUGCUGGAGGAGGGUUCCUUCCGCGGCCGCAAGGCCGACUUCGUCUUCAUGUUUCUUUUCGGGGGCGUCCUCAUGACCCUGCUGGGGCUCCUGGGCAGCCUGUUCUUCCUGGGCCAGGCCCUCACCGCCAUGCUGGUGUACGUCUGGAGCCGCCGCAGCCCUCGGGUGAGGGUCAACUUCUUCGGCCUCCUCACCUUCCAGGCGCCAUUCCUGCCCUGGGCGCUCAUGGGCUUCUCCCUGUUGCUGGGCACCUCUAUCCUCGUGGACCUGCUGGGGAUUGCUGUGGGCCACAUCUACUACUUCCUGGAGGAUGUCUUCCCCAACCAGCCUGGAGGCAAGAGGCUGCUACACACCCCCAGCUUCCUGAAGCUGCUACUGGAUGCCCCAGAGGAAGACCCCGAUUACCUGCCCCUCCCUGAGGAGCAGCCAGGACCCCCGCAGCAGUGACCCUACCCACGGCCAGGGCCAGCCCCAGGGCCUGUUUCCCGGCCUCCGGCAGGCCUCCCAUUCACCUCUCCCUUCUGCUGCAGCAGAGCAGUCUGUUCUGGAGACCAGGCCCGUGCCCAGGGCUCACCCGAAUAAACAGAGUGACCUGUG